AUGGCAAUCUUCAGAACCAAAAAGAAGCAAUCAUUAGACUACAAAGCAUCUCACAGGCAUUCCACUGCAUCGAUAGCGUCUUCAGUAUCCAGUUCCACAUCAACCGGUUUGGACAGCCGUAGUCUCAAGGACAAGCCAUCAAAUCAAGAGAUUGACAGAUUAUUCGAGAAAGCAGCCUCUCGAUUGAAUAUCAAUACAAACGAUGCCAGUGUACGAGAGCUAACACCAGAUAAAAAGUGGUUUAUUCUCUGCAAUGAAAGUGCAUUGACAUCCAUGGGCACAGUCAUUGGAAAGAAGAACCCAAACAGUCGAAGUUCGAUUACACCACAUCAUACCAGCAACAAUGGCAAUGGCAGCUCAAAUGCAGUGGCUGGAACCAUGUCAGAAACCCAUGCGAGCGAUUAUCUGCUCACACCAAUGUACUAUAUCGAUACCCUUCAGAAAAGAGACGCAAAGCUGGAAGUGAGGUCAAAGAUAGUAUCCGAUCUAUCCGUCAGACUGAGAACGAUGCCAGUCAGAUGGGCUCAAGAAUUCAUCGAAGCAAAUGGCAUCAAGACACUGUUUGAAGAAUUAUCUCACAUCAAUAGAAUCAGUCAAAGAAAUCAAAGAGAAUGCCAACUCGAACUAGAAAUCAUUAAAUGUCUACGGCUUUUGUUCAACAACUAUUACGGCAUCCAACAAGUGAUGAGCGACCCAUUUUACAUCAUCACAUUGACACAAUCCAUUGUGUCGCCUUCGUUACCUAUACAACGACUUGUCUGUGAUGCACUGACAUUCAUGUGUUACUUUGAGCAACCAAAGGGACACGCCUUGGUGAUGCAGGGUAUGGACAAAUUGAAGGAAUCCCAAAAGAACUAUGGCAGAUUUGAUCCUUGGUUAAAGACUCUGAGCGCUGUGCUUGAUGGGAGAGGUAAAAUGGGAUCUAUUGUUGGAGCCAGCAGCGACGUAAAGCAAAUAGCAUCCAAAGGAAGCACGGAUAUGCCAGUGGUAGAGCACGCUCUGGCAAACCUUUUGUUGAUUCUUGCAAUUACCGAGCCAGAUACGAUUGACGAACGAGAAACUAGAAUCACACUUCGAAAUCAGCUUUAUCAAGGAGGAUUAGCAGCGAUAUUUGACAAGAUGCAAUCAUUCGACAAUGAACUGAUGACUUCGAAGCUAGAAGAGUUUAAAGAGUUGGAAGACAGUGAUAUGAUUGCACACAUGGUAUUGGGAGACAGCACAGAACCCACUGAGAUACUGGACAAAAUCCUGGCAUCCAUUAACGGAACGAGAGCCUAUGACUACCUUCAAACAAUCUUACAACAUCUGCUAUUAAUACAAUGCGACUCGGAGACAAAGAAUCGGUACUAUCAGCUGGUCGAGCAUUUUGUUUCGCAAAUCACCUUGGACAGAAAGGGCAUGUCCAACAAUUUUUCUGCUACGUAUGGUAUGACGGUAAAGAACUUGAUUUCGAAAUUUGCAGAAGAGGAUGAAUUGGAGGCUGCCUUGCAAGAGGUGGACGAAGCGAGAGAGAUGGCUUCCAGGGCGCUCGAACGAGAAGCAGCCCUCCUAUUACAAAUUGAUUUGAAAGCAGACGGUUUGGUUGGAAAAUAUAGAAUAAAAAACGAGGCAUUGGAGAGAAGUUUGCGCGUCGCCAAUCAAACAAAUUCAGUCUUGCAGCAGAGGCUGAAUGGUAUUGAAAUGGAACACAAAAGGACGCUGGAGACGAUGGAUAAUCAGAUAAAAAGACUGUAUCAAACUGUAUGCAUCCUAGUCGCUAAAAGCAGUGGCCGCCAUGAUUCCAGCGAAUCAUUCGAAACGAUCAAAUCAAAAAUCAGUAAAAGCAUCGAGGAUCAGCUAGACAAGCCAAAGAAAAAGAAGAAGCCACUGCCGCCAAUCAGAAAAGUUACUCCUGUCGAGACCAUCAAUGCUCCCAAGGAAAACGAACACGCAACACCUCCAACAACACCAAAACUGCAGUUGCUGCCUGAAUUGAAUCUUUUGGAGCCUAUAGAUUUGACAUCCUUUGAUUCUGAGGACCAGUCAAGCAAUGCAACGACUAUUCCACCGCCACCACCACCACCACCUCCUUCACCGCCAGUGAUGAAAAGUGCUACUAAUUCACCGUCGCCUCCACCACCCCCUCCUCCACCACCAAUGCCAGGGAGCAUGGGCCCUCCUCCUCCGCCGCCGCCCCCACCAUUGCCACCAUCUGUGUCAAAUGGGCCACCGCCCCCACCUUCUCCACCGCCUUUAACAAAUGGCGUGCCUCCACCUCCGCCUCCCCCACCAUUGAGCGGAUCUGGCCCUCUUCCUCCUCCUCCUCCACCUCCUCCUUCGUCAGGGCCUAGCUCUCUUCCCCCACCUCCGCCGCUCAACGCUGCGACCAACAGUCUUUCACAACACCAAUCUCAACAAAAGCUCAAGCUUGUCAAUUGGGACAAGAUCCAUCGUCGCCAGCUUGGAGAAACCAUUUGGGAUCAUUUAGAGGACGAACAAGAAGAGGACGAAGAGCCCUCUGACGAUGAUGACACCCUAUUGUUUGAUAGUCAAUCUCUUGUUUCCAAACUCUCGAAAGCAGAUGUGUUUACCUCUAUUGAGAAAACUUUUGCACAAAAGCCGGCAGCAGAUCUCAGUAAGCGCAAAAAGAAGGCAGAUGUGGUAGAAUUGCUGGACUCCCGCAAAGCCUACAACAUGAGCAUCUUCUUGACCAGCCUACCCAAGGAUUUCCAAAUGCAGCUGUUGAAUCAAUACAUGACUGAUCAAUCGCCUGUCUUGGAGGAGCAUGUCUUGGAGAAUUUGAUUCGUUUUGCGCCUGCAAUGGAAGAAGCUGGCAAACUGAAGCGUUAUGCAGAGUCCUCUGAUAUAGAGAAACUAUCUCUGCCAGAUAGACUGUCAUUGGAAAUGAUCAAAAUUCCCCAAUUCAAGCAUCGUGCUGAAUGUCUAUUGUUCAAGACUACCUUUUGGGACACUAUCAGUCAACUGGAAAAGGAUUUCAAAUGCAUUAUUGCAGCAUCCAAUGCCCUAAAGAAUGCCAAGCGGUUCAAACAGCUACUGCAAAUGGUGCUAGUGCUAGGAAACUACAUGAAUGGAAACACGACUCGUGGAGGUGCGUCCGGCAUCAAGAUCUCCAGUAUCAACAAGCUCAUUGAUACCAAAGGAAACACGUCAACGACAUUGCUGCAUUUCCUUGUAGAAACCGUGGAAGGCAAGUUUCCCAAGAUACUUGGGUUUCUGGAUGAAUUGAAGGACACGGAGGAGGCCUGUAAAGCGAACAAAACUGAGAUGACAAGCAACUUUGCAACCAUCAAAAAGGGUCUAAAGCAACUUGACGCACUGUCAAGCGAUGAUGCAUUCACACAGACCAUGAAGCAAUUUCAAAAAGAGGCCCAGAGCAAGUUUGACCAAGUCGAGAAGCUUCAAGUGGAAUCAGAGUCCUCGUUUGAGAAGGUUGUCUUGUUUUACGGUGAAAAUGCAGACAAGACACAACUAAACGAGUUUUUCAGCAUCUUCCAUGUCUUUGUCGAUAACUGGCAGAAAUGUUCCAAUGAUUUGGCAAUGAUCAAGCAGAAACAGGAACGCAUCGAAGCACAAAAGAAAUAUGAUGCAGAACGCAGGAAUCAGGCUCGCAAUGGCAUCCAAAGCAAAGGGAAAGGGGUUGCCAUGAGUGACUAUACCAAAACAACGCAGCAAGACCCAGUGAUGGAUACUCUGCUGGAGAAGCUUCUCUUGAGUCGUAGAGAAUACAAGACGAAAGAGAAACUUCAGAUGCAACAACAGCAACACAUGUUGAAUCCCAUCAUUUCGAGCGAAUUGAAUGCCUCUGAAUUAUUGAAAUCCAUCUACAACAUUCAGUGA